UGUCAAUGGAAAUUUCAUAACCUCACUUUUGAGUGAGAUACAGUAUCAAAUUCAUACCGCAAAUAAGUGAAAAUUAGUUGUUUAAAUCAUGAAUUAUCUCGCUAAAGUUUUGGAUUCCAGCGCUAAAACUCUGUUGAAUGGAGAAUCAUUCAUUUUAAAUCAGAUUCGUGGGAAAAAGGUGAAGGCAAAGGGAAGUACAAGAAAUGCGCCUCGGCACACACGUCCAAAACAUCGCGGUUGGAAAGUUCACGACGGCGACUAUGUGUCCGCCAACAAAAUCUUGGUCAUGCAAAUGAACCUACGAUUUCAUCCAGGAUUGAAUGUUGGAAUGGGCAAAAACGGUACACUAUUCGCAUUGCAAGAAGGCCGUGUUGUGGUAACAUCUGAUCAAUUCAACCCGAACUGGGAUCAUACUUGGGUGCAGAGAAUAUAUGCUGGCAGAGAGGAUGAAGCUAUUUUUAAAAAGUAUUUCAAUGUUAUACCAUUCAAGCAGCACAACCGUUUUAAAUUGAUCGAUGAAAUCUAAUAAAUCUAUUGUUAUUUUCCAAACACAAACAUAGAAUAAAUCGAAUAUUAUUGUAGUGUA